AUGACGAAGCCGCUGCACCCUUACUACCCGGUCGAGGCAGAGAUUGUGGGAUAUCUUGCCAAUGAGUUGAAUACGUUUGAGCUCUGCGGCGCAUUUGCAGCGGGGUGCGCGGUGAUUUUCUCAAUCACGUACUUGGUUGUUAAGAGGACGCGACCUCAGAUCUCGAACUCGGAUCUCGUCACCGUGUUGUGGUUCGUCCUGUGCGGCUGCAUCCACCUUUUCUUUGAGGGCUACUAUGUCUACAACUUCAGGGCUAUGGGCGGAUUGAAGGAUCUGUUUGGACAGCUGUGGAAGGAGUACUCGCUCUCGGAUUCGCGCUACUUGACCAAGAACGCGUUUGUGCUCUGCAUGGAGACCAUCACUGCUGUCUGCUGGGGCCCUCUCUCGUUCCUCACUGCCUCCUUCAUCGCGACCGACCACCCGCUCCGCUACCCCUUCCAGCUCAUCGUGUCGCUCGGCCAGCUGUACGGCGACGUCCUGUACUACGCGACCAGCAUGUUCGACCACUGGAUCCUUGACCUGUCCUACUCGCGCCCGGAGGCGGCGUACUUUUGGGGAUACUUUGUGUUCAUGAAUGCCUUUUGGAUUGUCAUUCCCUUCUGGCUGCUGUGUAAUAGCGUCGGCGCGACCUGGAGGGCUUUUUCGGCCUUGGAGAAAUUCGAGAAGACGUUGAAGAAGAAGCAGUAG